UAAAGAAACACGCGUUUUACUUUAUAAAAUUCUUACAUAUCGCUGUAAAGUUAAUAUAUGUCUAGGAUACUGGGGAUUAAGUUCAAAUUCCAACAGUUACUUUAAACGACUAAUUUUAAAAACGGUAGACAAGGAUAAUUCCGUGACAUAUAAGCGCACAUUCUUAAUAAAUCAAUCAGUUUAGCGAGAUUUCUCUGUCAAUAGUUCGCGUUUUAUGUUUCAAUUAAAUAUAAAAUAUAAGUGACAUCUUCAACAUUGAACCGAAGAGACCUAAAUAAGGACAAUGUCGGGCAUAAUUCAACUGUUUCCAGUGGAGAAGGAAUAUGAGAAGAAUCCUGAUAUUUCUCGUGAGGACAUUAAGAAGCUGCGUGAAUGGUUGAAAACACAACCACAUCUACCAGGGGAAUUUAUAACAGAAUUGGAUCUUAUUUUGACAUUCUUCUGCUGCGAGAGAAGUGCUGAAGUAUCUAAGCAGGUUCUCGAUCUGCAUUAUACGCUCCGAACUCUAUUUACAGCAUUUUUCAAGGACCGAGAAGUGAACAAAACGGUCAUCAAGACAUUGGAAUUGGUCCUGUUGGCACCUCUGCCGAUGCCAACCGUUAAAGGGUACAGAGCAGUGUACUGUCGGCUGUUGGAUGGUGACCCUAAGCGUUUCGUAUUUGCAGACACCAUCCGCGCUUUCAUGAUGAUCUUCGAUCUUUGGCAGUAUGAAGAAGGAACUUGGCCUGGGUUCGUCCUCAUGAUAGAUAUGGAUUUGACAAGUUUAGGACACGUUGCCAGGCUAGACGUGAUGACCACGAGACAGGUUCUUUAUUUCCUUCAGGAAUGCAUGUUGGUAAAGUUGAAAGAAGUGCACUUUUUAAAUGCUCCAAGCUUCAUGGAUACAGUAAUGAUGUUUUUGAGGCCGUUUAUAAAGAAAACCAUGCUAGACAUGAUUAAGAUACAUGAGAUAGGAUCUGAUACACUUUACCAGUAUGUGCCGAAGAAAGCUUUGCCGAAGGAAUCUGGAGGGGAGUAUAAGGAUAGAAUAACUUUAAGAGACGAGACUAUCCGUCGCUUGAAAGAUAACAAGAAUUUUUUUAAAGACGAAAAUCGUCGACUUGUCAACGAAUCUCUUCGUCCAGACGGCAAGGCGAAAACCGUUGAAGAUUUGUUUGGUAUACAGGGUAGCUUUAAAAAAUUAGAUAUAGAUUGAGAAUAUAGUAAAUAUUAAUUAUUAAUUUGAAUGUUACUGUAAAUUUAAGUUAUAUUUAUUUAUAAGUUAUAAUGUUAAGGUUACUAAGAUAUAAUUAAUGGGAAAAAUCGAAUUACAUCAUUCAGAAAGUUGUCAUAGUUAAGUCUAUGAAGGCCGUAAACGUGUCCAUAUAUGUAUAUGUUUUAGACGAGCCGGUUGGCGUGAUUGGUAGAUACUUGCCUUUCACGCCGAAAGUUGUGGGUUCGAUUUCCCACCCAGAACAGAAAUUUGUGUGCAUGAACAUGUCUGUUUGUCCUGAGUCUUGGUGUAAUUAUCUAUAUAAGUAUGUAUUUGCAAAAGAAAAGUAGUAUAUGUAGUAUAUCAGUUGUCUGGUUUCCAUAGCACAAGCUCUGCUUAAUUUGAUCAGAUGGCCGUGUGUGAAUAAUGUCCCAGGAUAUUAUUAUUAUGACCUUACAAGUAAACGUUGAAUAGCAUGCAUAAAUAGUUAUACCGAUAUAUCUUUCUAUCACCACUAAAUUCCCGUUGGAAAGACGAAGACAAAGCAUUGUUCUACUUGUGUCUUGUACAUUAUCAAUAAAGUCUUUAAAAUUUCCCAUUAAUUAUUUUCUAAGUAAUGAGAGUGAGGAUAAAAACUGUUUGCUGCUAAAGUAACUUAAUAAUGUUCGGAUUAACGGCGUCACUCAUAAAUGUUGUAUAGUAAUCACUCCGAUAAGUUAAACAAUACUGUCUUUUUCUUUUGAGUUUCAAAUCAAUAAUGACAGAAAGAGAGAAAUGAUUGUACUGCACUACUAAGCAAUACAAGUAAGGGUAUUGUUUAAAUAAUAAUUUUUACCUCCGUACGGACGUCUGAACGAUCUCACUUCGACUCGGAUUAUGUGAAAUCGUUUUAUUCUUAAUAAAUUGUAUGUAUUUUAAAAGCAAUUUAAAAUAAUUUUGCCAUAUUAAUAGCUUUAGGAAAAAUGAGUAUUUAUCAACGCUCUGUCGCUUUGUUAAAUUGUCAAAAUUACACUAAAUAUUUUUAUAAAAAAAAAUACAAUUCACAUCUUUAUUGUUAAUAGAUUUGCAUCCCAUUCGUGACUUCCUAUAUUUAAAUUAGUGCUGGCGAUUAUGGUUUCUAUUCCAUGGUGAUGUGUCGUAAUUUCCAUUGGAGUAUUUAUUUUAAUUAGGGAAACGUGUGUUGAUGGUUAUUUUAUAUUUCUAUCGUAUAUAAGCUAUGGUGUGGCAAUGUAAGUCAGUUCGAUUUGGGUGAUCUAGAAAUUCAAAAUGAAAUUCUUUGCAAUGUUCCUGGCCAUUAUGGCAGUAGUCCUCGCUGUGGUGGGUGGUAUGAGUACCAUUCCCAGUGCUGGUAUCAAGGGAAACCGUGAGUCAGCUGGUUGCGGAGGUGGUCCACCUCCACCCCCACCACCGGCACCUACCAAUAGCACCGGUUAGAUCAGUUAUCUAAUUAGUUUCUUCAUUGGUUUCUAUAAUUCAACGGACUUGGGACUCUGGCUAUAUUGACUGCACUAAUAAAUCUAUGCAUUUA